AUGGUCAUCAAGGGCUUCUUAAAUUUGACUUUGUUUCUAUUGCUAAUAAAUUUUGCUCGUACCAAUGGCACAGCGGCUAAUAUGACUCGUAUUGUGGGCGGAAAAGUAAGUUUUAUUGGGAAUAAUCAAUAUAUGGUGAGAGUUCUACGUGAUAACUCUUUCAUUUGUGGAGGGGCAUUGCUGAACCGCAAUUUUGUACUUUGUGCUGCUCACUGUGUUGUAAGUGUUGGCCCAGGCCGACUGACCAUUGUUGGAGGGGUUAACACAGCCUCCCAGCGAGGUGUUCGCCGGAGGGUACAGAAAAUCAUAAGGCCCAGAUCAUUUUCGAUGACCAAUAUGAACAAUGACGUGGCUGUGUUCAAGCUAAGGAGACCGAUGGUUGGUCCCAAAAUAAGUUAUAUACCUCUUUACAAUGGAAGAUUAAGGAGGGGUAUGCGCUUGAAAGUUUCCGGCUGGGGUCUCAGAAGUGAAUUAGCCAAUGCUCCUGCACGACAUCUGCGAUCUGUGAUUGUGCCGGUGCUUGCUCAUAGCAGAUGUGUACAGCAGUAUCAAAGCUUUAUCCCCAUAACGAGAACAAUGUUUUGUGCAGCCAAGGCAGGUGUAAAAGACUCCUGCUCAGGAGAUUCGGGCGGUCCGGCCGUAUACAGGCGACAAUUGGUGGGCAUCGUCUCAUAUGGAUAUGGCUGUGCACGAAGAAACUUUGCUGGUGUUUAUACCAAAGUUGGAGCAGCAGAAUACGAAGACAAAGUUAUUCAUUCUGCGUUGGAUCCUGGUGUUAUGGGUGCUGCAAGUAAUAAGGCCAAAAAGAAGGCGGCCCGCAUUGUUGGUGGUAAUGCCAACGUCGUGAGGAACUUCCCCUAUAUAGUACAAUUAUACCGCAAUGGCAACUUCAUUUGUGCCGGAACAGUGAUAUCCCAGCGUCACAUAUUAACAGCCGCCCAUUGUGUAAUGAAUGACAAUGUACCUUCGGCACUCACUGUUGUUGCUGGCGCCGGUCGAUUGGGUGAUGCCGGAACAAGUAGCAGAGUGAGCAAAAUUAUAAGACCGCGAAAUUUCUCUCUGCAAAAUAUGGAAAACGAUGCGGCUGUACUUAGAACGGCUCGUCCCUUGGUCGGACGAAACAUUAGACGCAUCCGCUUGUGUAACGCCGACCUUAGACAGGGUAUGGUGAUGAGAGUGAGCGGCUGGGGUGCUCGCAGUGAAAAUAGGCCAGCACCUUCACGUCGUUUGCGUGUUAUUAAGGUGCCGGUGGUUGCCAGGGCCACUUGCAGUUCGCAAUAUAACGGUGUAACCACACUUACCAAUACCAUGUUUUGUGCAGCGAAACGAGGUAAGGAUUCCUGUUUUGGUGACUCAGGAGGACCAGCAGUGCGUAAUGGUCGCGUCUGUGGUAUUGUUUCGUUUGGAAAUGGCUGUGCCCGCACAAAUUACCCCGGUGUCUAUACCGAUGUUACGCGUAUGAGAAGUUUUAUUAACCAGGGCUUGGCACAGUAAGGAACACCAUACUUUUUAUGUAGGAUAGACAGA